AUGUCAGAGCUGCCGAAAAAACCGGAACCGAAAAAAUAUGCGAAAAGUAGCGAAGAUCCAUUUAGUAUCGAAAAACCGAUAAUAUCAACAACGAAGACCUCAGAUAAUGCUCUUUCUGGGAAGUCUGAAAUCUCCGAAAAAAGUAGUAAAGAUUCAUUUGAGACGAAAUCGCAUCGAUUAACUGAAACAACACAAUCCAGCAGAACGCGAGUUAUUUCUUUGGAAUCCGCAAAUGAUAAGAAGUAUGAGUUUGAUGUUGACCUGCUCUACAGCUGGGAUCAAUCUUCUGGAACAAUAUCGUAUGAAGCCUGGUCUAAAAGUCUUAUUGAUACUUUUAACGAUGCUAAAAUGUUGCCUCAAUAUAAAGAUAUCAUUUAUCAUGCAAAAUUAAAUCAGCGUCUAUUGCGUGAUUCAACGCCUUCUCAAAAAUUGUUAACAGCGAAAUCAUUGGCAAUGCUAAAUGAAGCAAUGCGACGAGAUCGCAUGCAAGGACAUUUAUUCAAAAGAAUUGUUAUACCACACAAAAAAGAUGGAAAUCCGGAACGUUACGAAUUUAUUUCGAAGAUGUGUGAUGAUGUUAUCAGUGAAUAUAUGGCAUCAGCUAAUCGUGAUAAUAAAUUGUUGGAAAUAAAUUUGGAAUGUGGUGGUAAUAUGCCACCUCGAAUUAAAAUUAAUGGUAUUCGUGCGGAGCGAUUACUGAAGUAUGACGAUGGUGACGAAGAGUGCUAUAAUAUUAACCAAACGGCACAACAGAUGCACAACGCGAAGCAUUUAUUCCAACAUCGCUCAACAUGUUCUCCAGCGCUUCCGUAUCCGUCAGCUAAUGCAUUUGGCAGGUGCUCGAUUGAAAAUUACGUGAAGAUGUUGAAGGAACGCCGGAAGAAAAAAGAACAGCAAUAA